AUGGAACUGCUCUCUACAGCAAGCAGAUUCAUCCCUAACUAUAAAUGUGAUCUCCAGAACAAUGUGGUAGCUGUUAUUGGGGGACCAAGCUCUAAUGAAUUCCUGGACAUGUCAACCAUCCUGAACAACUACAAAGUUGCACAAUUUGCAUACAGCUCUGCCCCAGAGAUGGAUUCUCAAACCCAAGCUGUUUUCUUCCACUGGAUGUUCCCAAAUGCAAUUCAUCAGUACAGGGGGAUCCUGCAUCUCCUGCUUCAUUUUGGAUGGACCUGGAUUGGGGUGUUCUAUAUUGAUAUUGGCAAUGCAAGAGAGGUUCUUUUAAGGACCGUGAUUCCUAUGCUUUCCAAGAGUGGCAUCUGCUUCGAUUUCAUAAGAAAUUUGGUUGGUGGGAUGCUCAGUGACGUUGAUCAAGUAGAGGAAGCAGCUUGUGAAACAUUAAGUUUUGCCUUGACUCGUACAACCAAUACUGUCAUCUUUCAUGGAGAAUUUCAGAGUAUGUUAACUUUAAGGUUUUUCCUCAAGGUUUCUGAACUUGAGGACAUGCCUGAAUAUUCCAAAGUUUGGAUUAUGACAGCAGAUGUUGAUUUCACAUCUCUUCCCUUGCAGAGAAAUUGGGAUUUAAGCUUCAUUCAUGGAUCUUUAUCCUUGGCAAUUACUUCAAAGUAUAUUUCUGGAUUUCAUCAAUUUCUUCAAGUGAGAAAUCCUGCUCUGGAGGCAGAAGAUGGUUUCCUAAGAGAAAUCUGGCAACAGGUAUUUAGUUGCUCCUUCCCUGAUUUAUCCAGUGAUGUGAUGGAUGGGAACCUCUGCACUGGGAAGGAGCAACUAGGGACGCUCCCUAUGACUGUGUUUGAAAUGAGGAUGACGGCUCACAGUUACAGUGUCUACACUGCUGUCUAUGCCAUUGCACGUGCUUUGCAUGCCUUGCACUCUUCUAUGGACAAUCAAGGAUCAGUUAGAAAUAGGAGACAGAAGCUUCAUCAACAGUCAUGGAAGCGGGGCAAGUCGGUAUUGGAGUACGCCCUGGAGUUCUGGAGGUUGGCAGAGAAGCUCACGGACUGGCUGGAGUCCCUGAGGGGGGAGUAUUUUAAGAGGGGGCUCAAUCCAGAGAUCCUGGAGCGGGCACUGGAACGGGACGACCCGUCCACAGUGAAAGAUUGGAUCUGGCUGGCCGGAACGGCGGAAUCGGCAUGGCGGCAGAUCCAACAAAGCCCGAGGCGACGGGACCAGACGAGGGACCAGCCGAGGGAGAGAACCCCCGAGGAAAGGCGGAGCAGUCGGCGCCAGUCCACUGGGGGGCGAGAGGCGACCAGAGCCCCGAACCUGGGCUUCCG